AAAGAUAAAACCAGAGCCAAGUUUGAAGUCUGAAAUCCAUUGACUUGCAGUUGAGCAACAGGUCUGUUGCAGCGUCAGCACUUUCAGGAUGGAGGGAGUGAGCCACGAGCUGGAGUUUUGCCUCGCCCAAGUGGAUGACUUUGAGCAGGUGAUGUCCAUCUCCGUGAACAUCUACAAUGGACUCGACUACCUGCCGGACCGUUAUCACAGAUGGCUUAAGGACCCAUACCGGAGAGUGAUCUUGGCCAAGAAAGAAGGCAAGGUGGUGGCUCUGGUGUCAGUGAGCGUUGUUGACGAUGGCCACACUGCACUUGUGGAAGGUUUGAGAGUGGCGCCCAGCGAGAGGGGACAAGGAAUCGCUGGGCGGAUUCAGCGGUACGCCUUGGCCCUGAUAAAAUCCCAGUUCCCAAGUCUGGAGGUUCGACGCUACGCCAGAAUCGGGAAGCUAAGCCCUGAUGUCUUCACCGAGUUCCGGUUAAUAUGCAGUCAGGAGGUGCUGGUUCUCCACUUCGUGGCAGAAGAGCUGCAGCCCUUGCUGGACACCACCAUCGGCCACUUGAAGGCAAGCAGGCAGGAAUGGGAAGAGCCAAUCCAUCUGGCAGCAGGCGAGGUCAAGCAGGUGUUCCUGGACCGGCGGGUGGUGGAGGAAGUGCUGCCAGGGGGCACCAUCAUACGAGACUGGAUCCCUUACAAGCCCUCCGAGGGCAAUCUAGAGGUACUCCUGAAGCGAGGCACCACCUGGAUGGCGGACAGUGUAGUGGACCCGACCGUCCUGAGCCUCUGCUCCAGCCCCUACAAGGUGCCUGCGGGUGCCAACAACUUUCGUCUCAACAUUGACAUCUUCGGGAAGGAUUUCCUUCGUGCCAGGAGCCAGUUUCUUGCUCAGCUGCACAAGGCUAUCGACUUCCUUCAGGGUCCCACAUACUGCCUCAUAUACUUGGACAAGACCAUUUGGUCUAUCAUGCACUCCUUCUGCCAGACGGUCUUCAGUCUGACCAAUGAAAUCGUCCUUGAGAAGCAGUGGGUGCUAGAGGCAGAGUUUUAAGGCAGUGUUGGCCAUUGGCUUAUCAUUGUCACAUGUACCAGGAUACAUGCUGUCCAUACAGAUCAUUUCAAACAUAAGUACUUUGAAGUAGUACAAAGCAAUAAGCGAAUGCAAAAUAUAGAGGUACUGUUACACACUAGUGCCGUGCAGGCAGACAAUAUGAUUCAGGGUUACGUCUAGAUCAUAACACACAUCGAAUCUGCCCUGGCAUUACAUUAUACCUUAAUUAUUAUCCCCCUCAACCCAUUCCUCUGCCUUCUCCCUUUACUAAACAAGAACCUCCACUUUAAAUAUACCCAAUGACUUGGCCCCAACAGCCAUCUGUGGCAAUGAACUCCACAGAUUCACCAUCCUCUCCAUAGAUGCUGCCUGAGCUGCUAGUUCCACCAGCAUUUUGGGCAUGUUGUUCUGGAUUUCUUGGAACCUAUGACACCCUUACUAACCAAGAAAAAAAUCAACCUCCUCUUUAAAUAUACCCAGUCACUUGGCCUCCAUUGCCAUUUGUGGAAAUCAAUCCCACCAUCUGGAAAUUCCUCCUCAUCUCUGUCCUGAAGGGACAUCCUUCUAUUCUGAAGCCAGCCCUCUGAUCCUGGACUCCCUCACUAUGGAAACAUCCUCCCCACUAAGUUUUUCAAUAUUCUGUAGGUUUCAAUAAGAUCCCCCCCCCCCCACCAUUCUUGUAAAUUCCAGCAAGUGCAAGUCCAGAUCCAUCAAAUGAGCCUCAAACAUUAACCCUUUUAUUUCUGAGAUCAUUCUCCUAAGCCUCCUCUGGAUCCUCUCCAAAGCCAGUCACCCUUUCUUAGAUAUGGAGCUGAAAACUGUAACAAUUCUCCAAGUGCGGUCUGACCAAUGCCUCGGUGUUACGUCCUUGUCUAAUACUCUCAAAAUGGAUGCUAACGUUGCAUUUGCCUUCCUUGCGACCGACUCAAGCUGCAAAUUAACCUUCAGUGAAUCCAGCAUUAGGUGACUCUGCCUAGGAUAGAUCCAAUACCUUUCCCACUGGGUUUCAGGAUUAGGGGAAGAACAUCUCCCUUAGGUUUUCCUCAAAUCUAACUGCACAUUGAUUCAUCAAUCUGUUGCAGUUGCUUCAUUGUAACUGGGUCCCAACCUUGGAACUCCAUCUCCAACAGCACCAUGGGGGCAACUCCAGCAGAAGGACUGCAGCAGUUCAAGAUGGCAGCUUACCCCCCCUCAAAACUUUCUCAAGGGGCAGUUAGGGCUGGGAGAGAAACAUUACCCUUGCCAGCAAUCCCAGAUCACAGGGAAGUAGGGUAUGAAAACAGUAUGACUUCAACACAAUAACCGCUGUAUUUUCAGUCUCACUCUCUCCUCUCCUUCCUUCACACCAGUGCAUUUGAUGAUACUCCUUGGAGAAUGUACAUAAAGCCAGUUACAAGUUAUGUACAGAAACAGGCCUUUCAGCCCACGAUAUGUGUGCUGACCUAUGCUGCCAGUCCAAACAAACCCCAUCUGCCUGCACAUUAUCUACUGUAUAUUAGAAUCAGAAUCAGGUUUAAUAUCACUGGCAUAUGUCAUGAAAUUUGUUGUUUUCAUGGCAGCAGUACAAUGCAAUACAUGAUAAUAGAGAAAAAAACCGUGAAUUACAGUAAGUAUAUAUAAAUAGUUUAAAUGAGUAGUGCAAAAAUAGAAAUAAAAAUGUAGUAGUGUUCAUAGGUUCGAUGUCCAUUGAGAAAUCAUUGGCACAGGGGAAGAAGCUGUUCCUGAAUCGCAGUGUGUGUGCCUUCAGGCUUCUGUACUUCCAUCUUGAUGGAGCAAUGAGAAGGGGGCAUGACCUGGGUGAUGGGGGUCCUUAAUGAUGGAUGCCGCCUUUCUGAGGCAUCGCUCCUUGAAGUCCUGGAUACUAUGGAGGCUAGUGCCCAUAAAAGGAGGUAAUUUUACAACUUUCCAGUUUACUUCGACCCAUCACCCUCCCCGUUCCAUACCAACCGGUGUUGCAACCAGUUAGAAUGCUCUCCACGGUACAUCAUUGGUAACAUACCAAAUCACCUCAAACUCCUAAUGAAAUACAGCCGCUGUUGUGCCUUCUGUAGCUGCAUCGAUAUGUUGGGCCCAGGUUAGAUCCUCAGAGAUGUUGAUAUCCAGGAACUUGAAAUUGCUCACUCUUUCCGAACCCUGCUUGUGUAUGUGCCGAUUUGAAUUCCUCCUUAAUGCUACUGUUGUAACUGGUUUCCUAGCAGCCUGUUCCAGGUACCUACCAAAACCUAUCCCCCACAUCUCCUGUAAGCUUCCCCCUUCUCCCCUUUAAGCUCUCUCCUAUGGUAGAAUCUGAUGUUUCCACUAUGAGAUAAAAAUGUUACAUGGUGCUUACAAAUUAUCUGAUUUCUUGCAACAAUUUGAAAAGUAAAUGUUAUGAACCAUUUAUGAAAUUUUUAAAAAAAUUGGUUAUAAACACUUUAAACUGGUCUCACUUUGCCCAAUUGUCUUUUCAUUCAUGAUACCAUUAGAUAAUGCAACAAAGGAAGAGUCCAUUUAGCUCACUGCUCAUCUCUUCAGAAUCAGGUUUAAUAUCACCAGCAUAUGUCGUGAAAUUUGUUAACUUAGUGGCAG